AUGGCAUUUCGAAUCAUCAUUUGUUUCUACUUGUUCCUUCUUUCUCCUUCCCUUUCUUCUUCUCUCAACCCCCCAUUAUGUAACUCUCAUGAUUCCAUUGCCCUUCUUCAUUUUAAAAAUUCUCUCUCUCUUGAUCACUCUGCUUCAGAGGAGUGUAAUUACUUUUAUUAUUAUGAUGAUAAUGGCGACACCUCUACUAUACCGUCUAAGCACCCAUCUUACCCAAAGACAGCUUUGUGGGGAAAUGAUUCAAACUGUUGCUUGUGGGAUGGGAUCACGUGUGACUCCACGUCUGGUCAUGUGAUUGGCCUUGACCUUAGCUGUAGUUGGCUCCAAGGUCAACUCCAUCCAAACAAUAGCCUCUUCCGACUUUCUCAUCUCCAAGCACUCAACUUGGCUUUCAACAAUUUUAGUGGGUCUUUGAUAUUACCUCAAUUUGGUGAUCUUUCCAUUCUCGUCCAUCUAAACUUAAGCUGUUCUUGUUUUGUUGGUGAAAUUCCUCCUAAAAUUGCAGAAUUGUCCAAGUUGGUCUCUCUUGAUUUGUCUAGGAAUGAAUUCUACCCAUAUGAUGAAUGGUUGGGUUUAAGACUUGAACCAUCCACUUGGGAGAAGCUUGCUCUAAACAUGACUAAUCUAAGAGAACUUGUCUUAGAUCAUGUAAAUAUGUCUUCCAUUGCACCAAGCUCCUUGUCUUUGAAGUUGCUUGAUAUUUUGAGUCUUGAAGGUUGCAAAAUUGAUGGCCCUAUUCCUACAAGUUUUGGGAACCUCACUCAAUUAAUUGAUUUGAACCUUGCAGCAAAUAAUUUUAGUGGUGAUCUUUCAUUUCUUUCAAAUCUUCAAAGUCUUGCUUCAUUGGACCUCAGUGGCAAUUAUUUUAGUGGUCUCUUACCAAAUUCCAUAGGCCAUUUGAAGUCCCUUGAUUUUUUGGGUCUUCAGUAUAACGAAUUUCAUGGGCCUAUCCCUGUGAAUUUUGAGAACCUCACUCGAUUAACUUAUUUGGACCUUGCAGAUAACAUUUUUAGUGGUAAGCUCUCAUUUCUUCCAAAUAUGCCAAGUCUCACUUCAUUGUACCUCAGUUACAAUUAUUUUAGUAGUUUGUCGUCAGAUGUAUUUGGAAAUCUUUCAAAUUUGGAAUUUCUUGAUUUUUCUGACAACAAGUUGCAAGGCCUUUCAAAUUUGCGUCGGUUACACCUUGAUGAUAAUAAGUUGCAAGGUCUUCCUGAGUCAAUUUUUGGUUUCCUAAAUCUUUCCGUUCUAAGUCUGUCAUCAAAUAAUUUGAGAGGCCCUAUUAGUCUUCAUCCAUUCUCAAAGCUUCAAAAUCUAGAAUAUCUUGAUCUUUCAAACAACAAGUUUCUCUCGCUUAGCUCUAAUAAUGAUGUUCACUAUACCAUUCCCAAUCUUACACUGUUAGAUCUAUCCUCUUGCAACAUCAAUGACUUUUCUAAACAAUUAGGAAGUGUUCAAAAUUUGAAGGAGUUAAAUCUUUCCAAUAACAAAAUUCAUGGAGAUAUUCCCCAAUGGUUCAAUAAUGUGGGGAAUGGUUCUUUGAGUGCUUUGUAUCUUUCUCAUAAUAACUUGACAUCAGUUGAACAUCUUUCAAUGAGAAACUUGUUUGCACUUGAUCUCAGCUUCAACUUGUUGCAAGGAAAUCUCCUAAUUCCAUCCUUUGGCAUUGAAGCCACAUCCCAAAGUGCCUUGUUGCUCUCCUAG